UGAUCGUGCAAGGUCAGGUUGCCAGACACGACAGCGUUGCGCGUGAAGGUCGAUCGUUCAUCCGUCACAGUGUUCUCGAUUUCUGCUGACCACGGUGUAGUCUUGUGUCUGAAUAUGCUUGUAUUUUUUCUGUACCUUUGUGUCCAUUCGUUAUCUGUUUCACAAGCCGUUCAUGAGUGUUUCAGAUCCACCCGCAGAAGACGUUUGACUGUGGAAAACCUUUCCAGCGUGGCCUCCCCGCCUAGCGUUCACCUCGUGGCGACCCGGCUUUUUCACUUGCCCGCAAGCGCGCAAAAUUUCUAGCGAAUAUCCGACGCAAAACAACGUCCGCUCUUCUGCUUCCCAGUUUCUUUUGAAGCCAAAAUCACAGGAGGAUGUCCUUGCAAGUUUGCUCGCCGCGACUUUGUGUCAUAGCUGUCAAACCACCCUCAAGAUCUUGACCGUUGACAAGACAACUCAGGGGGGAGUAUUUUUUGUCUUGAACUGGUGGGGCCUGGAUAGAAUAGUUCGACCCAGUUGUUUUCUCUGUCUUUUCAGACGGUGCACUAUGAAACAGAGCUUCAAGGCGGGGCUCCAUGGUAUUUGCAGUCUCAGUCGUAGCACAGCGGCCGGAACUCGCCACUGACGCGCAGCAAGGUCUAGCUCGGGCCUCACAACAGUACGCCACUCCUGUGACCAGAAGGCACUGCUACUGUCCAACGUGGGGCAGACUUGUAGUCUCUGGAAGCUGGAUUGCGACGUUUUCCGGCAGCAAACGAGUUCGGUCGUAGGCACUGCACCGCCGAGCAACAGGAGAACCUGGGUUUUGGUUUCGUCGUGUGAGGCGCCCCAUGUCCGUAGUUGUUUGCUCUAUCCCCUUCACAGAGUCAUCGUCACCUGUCUGUAGUCCACCGAGCAGCUUCUUCACAACAUUCCUUCCCUUUUGAACCGUCAAGAUGCAUGCAAAUCGACAGCAUUUCCUGCGCGUGGUCCAGCACCGCCCCCCUGAGGAACCUGUCUCCACACUUCGUCCUGGCUCACGUCAAUAUGGGUCAGUGGUUCCCCCAUCAUACACGUCCAGUCGUUCUCCGCAACGCGUAAGCGCAUCUCGCUCGUUCACUUCGAUCGUACAACCCGCUUCCCUCCCCUUAGGCCCAGUCCCGUGUUCCGUUCUCCGUCCCGUCGUGCCUUGGGGCGCGUCGUCACCGCUAGCAAUCGUGGGUCCGGAUGGGAAGACACUUCCAGCGUCUUCUGUUCGCGUAGAUCCCUGCCAUAACUCUCUUCGGGAGGGGGAGGGAAGGGGGACUGUGGUCGCCAGGUCGCAUACUGCCACGUGCAGUUCGAGCGGAGCGACGCACGCGCCUCUUCUGUCUGGCGGGAACUAUUUUGCCACCGAUCCUAGGACGGGUGGAACUAUGCUCUAUUGCAUGAGGGAUUUCAACCGUCCACUUUCGCCAACUACUGCUGCACCUCGGGCGUCCUCGUCAUCUCCGGGGAUUCGAUCCCGGGAUAAAUAUUCCACCACGGAUGCAUCGGCGGGACAUCGGGGGCUAGCCUCUUCAAUUGGAUGCUUUGCCAGCCCCAGUCAAACAGGUCGCGUGCCUGAACCUGUCCAUCUUCUCUCGGGUCUUCGUCAAAAUCAGACAGGCCAGUUGGCGACCUUCCGCGGCCAGGCGCCGCCGUCCCGCCCACCUCUUCAUGAUUCUGUCGUUCCUCUCUGCACUCCUAGAUACUCUCCUCCAAUGUUCCCUCCUUGCAUCGAAGAUGGAGGUCAAACGGACCAUCGCGGCGGCUUGACCCUGCGACUGGGCGCGACGGCGACUCCUCGCCUCCGUCAUGGUCCCUUGCCCACAGCCGCUCUAGGUGUUACCCAAUGUUGUGGAGCAAGCCUGGACGGCGGCGUCAACCAAGCAUCUUCAAACCACUCAGGGGAGAUCCCGAGUCGACUUGCCUUCCCCAAAGAAGGGCUCCGUAGUCGGCCCCCGGUGUGUCCGGUCGGUCCCACUUUCACCGUCCUGGCACGGCCGGAGGGAGGGGACAGAGUGGCGAUGGCGGUGACUGCGAGACACGCUCCACAGCGAAUGGCGGGAGAAGGCGACGGUCAGAUGAUGGACAGUGUAGUCCCUUCUCUGCAUGCUUCGGGUUCAGAACAUACAGGCCCCCCUUCGAUGCGUUUGCAGGUUACACACGUCGCUAGACCUACAACUGGCGGGAACGCGGAAGCACAUCAGACAGGGUUGGGCGUCUCAGGUCUGCAGGAAGGGGGCAGAAUGUCUGUGACGGCUUCUCCCGUUUAUCCUCAUGAUCUAACCGCAGGUCCAGUCACAUAUAGAAAUGGACUCAUAUUACAGGGUCAGGAGGGUGGCGUCUCAGCAAUGGCUGGUGCGAUGGUUCGCAACCCACUUUUCCCUUCGGGUUCUGUGAGCCAACCAAGCGCUUCUAACAGCUCUGGGGCGAUUGCCUGCUCUUCCACAGAGACGCAGUUGCCUUUUUGGCCUUCCGCUACUCUCGCCGGGUCCGCAGCUGUGGCGGCGUCCCGCGACGUAAAGAAACCAGAGGAAAAUAAAAAACAAGAUGCUUCAGGUCGAGCGCCAGCCUCGCGCUCUACGAAAGCCGGAGCGGGUGUGAUGCUAGGCAGGAGAAACUUUUCGUUGUCCCAUGUGCAGACGGCUUGCGGUGCGAGAAACGUCAAUGUUUCGGGUGUACAUACACGCGAGGCGAAAGCUGUGGGUAGAGAUCGAGGGGAAGCAGCGGGGCAGAGGAAUGGCAAUGCAUCGCGUGGUGUUGGCGUCGUUGGAUCAGGUGCUGAGGCACGAACAGAGAAAACAGCGCGUGGAGUUCGUGAUACAAAACGGGCGGCUACAGGGGCCGGUGGACAUGAAACGCAUAGUAUUUCAAGUGUAACAGAAACAGAGAAACGGACAGGCAGACGAAGGGUGGGAACGAAAAGGUCUUCUUCUGCUUCCCGACCUAGGACGGAGUCGCUCGCGUUCAGCGGGGCCUUAACCUGCCGGCAGUCUGAGGAAGUCGGAAUGCGAAGUAUGGAACAAUAUACUUUAGGCGCGACAAUAGGAGAAGGCACUUUUGGAAAGGUCAAACUUGGAAUUCACGUUGCUACACAGGAGCAAGUCGCCAUAAAAAUUCUAGAAAAAAGCCGAAUCAAGGAGACCGAGGAUGUCGAGAGGGUCUUACGAGAAAUCCAGAUCCUCAAGACAAUCAGACACCCUCACAUUGUUCGUCUGUUAGAGAUCAUCGAGACCCAGCAGCACCUCUGCUUGAUUAUGGAAUACGCCUCCGGAGGCGAGUUAUACGACUACAUUGUCGAGCAUCAAUGCGUCAAGGAGAUGGAAGCGUGCAAAUUCUUCCGUCAAAUUCUCUCGGGAGUCGAAGAAAUGCAUGUGCAGAAAAUAUGUCACAGGGAUCUGAAGCCAGAAAAUAUUCUUCUCGAUGCAGACCAGAACAUCAAAAUCGUGGACUUUGGUCUCUCCAACACGUACACUUGUCGCUCUAAUCUGAAAACUGCUUGUGGCUCUCCUUCCUACGCGGCCCCCGAGAUGGUCGAAGGAAAAGCCUACGACCCUCUUGCUGUUGACAUCUGGAGUUGCGGCGUCAUUCUUUACGCCCUCAUUGCCGGAUACCUUCCCUUCGAGGACGACUCAACUGAGGGCCUCUACCGGAAAAUCGUCAAGGGAGAGUUUGAGUGUCCAGAGUGGAUCUCGAAAGAUGCAGAGGACCUUCUUCGCGGUUUGCUGGAAAAAGAUCCAAAAAAGCGGCUGACGCCUGAACGCAUCAAACGCCAUCCGUGGUACGCACUCGUGACUGACACAAGGGACGUCGUGUCUCUCAGUCACGGUGGCUCUUCCUCUCUGCCUCCUUCCUUCACUCUGUGCGAGAAGUCUGAGACAGAGAAGACUUUCACAGAAGAACGAGAGCCGCAAGACUCUUCGGCCAUCUCUGCUGUCCUUCCUUUGGGCUGCGGCAUUCCCUUCUGCAGCAGCUGUGCCCAGUGGGCCGAUGCGGUCAAUCCCAAGGCCCCACCGUCGAGACGGGUUCUGAUCCAGAUGGCGCAGUUGGGCAUUGAUACCGGGAAGACAGUCGAAGCCCUUCAGAAGGGAGAACUCACGACGUCGACAGCGGCCUACUUUUUGCUGCUAGCCAAAAUGAAUCGGAGGCCUGCGUUCGUUCCUAUCGAGGCGGCGCCACUGGAACCUGAAGCACGAGCACAAGCAAGCGCUGCGCUGUCCUCUGUCUCUCCGAAGCAUUUACCUCAGUGCCCAAUGUCUCUGGCUCCCGUACCCAAUGAUAACGACGGUUUUGUGCCUUCUUCAAGUCCUUCCGAGGCUUCCUCCGCCCCCGAACAACGCGUUGCUCACGGAUGUUACAUCCCUUUGAGUUUUUUGCCACCCUCUGGCGUCGAGUACACUACCACGGUGACACCUCCGGCAUCCGGAGCUCCAAGCGUGCAUGCACGUGUCGCAGGUGAUCAUUACUUUUCAACCUCUUUGGCAGACGCCCCGGCCGCUUCUGUUCUGUCUUGCUCAACAGGCUGCGCUCCCGCGCACCGACAAGCGCCGAUCUGGCCAGGCCAGUAUUUAUCGGCUAGUCUCGAUUCUCCAGAUAUGUUGUCGUACGCUCCUAUCGCCAGUGAAGGCUCUCAGGGUUUGGGUGCGUGCACCAGGGAAGGCGGCGUGGCUAAAGAAAGCAAAUUCAGGAGGGACGAAACGAUGACGUGGUUUUACUACGACCGUUUGCACACGGAUCCUUGCGAUGGUUUCUCUCACAUUGGAAGCCAGAUGGAGGAGGGCCAGGAAAACACAAAAGCGGACCCCCGUUUAAUAGCUGGAAAAGAACAGAGGCACGGCUUUUCUGGAGAGGCCUGCGUGGACGGUGGUCGCGCUUCAGGGGAAGCCUCAAUUCUCUUCGGUGUCGGCUACGAGAGGAACAAGAUCGGUGUUGGUUCGGAAAUCGAGGAGAAGAGUCGCCGGACGCAGGAAGGCAAGAAAUCUGAGGACUGCGCGUUGCUGGAUAUUCGCCAUCAAAGCAAUGCGUCAAACAGCACAGUUGAUUCCCUCUCCGCUUAUAACGGUCGCACCCUGUACAAGAACUCUCUUUCGCCGCCGGACACGAGGGUCGGCCCCAGUUCAUCGUCCUCAUCUGACAAGCGCUGCCUUGGGAACUCUGGAAAAAGCCGAUCUAAGCGAUCUGGAGAGUCUCCCGUUCCCGCCCUUUUCAACUUCCCUGCUUCCUCAGCUUCCUCAUCUUCCGCCUCUUCCUAUGUGAACUCGGGCAGGACCACAGCGCGGGCGUCGUCUCUCAUCUGUGACCGCGGGCAUGUCCCUCCUGGGCAAAGAGCUGCUCCUGUUCCCUCUACGUCGGUGCCUUUGUGGCCCCCAACGGCGAUGGCAAGUCGAGCGAGACUUCACCGUCUCCGCCAGCAACAAAAAGCUUCGCUGCGUCUUCCUUUGACGAGCCGCGGCUCUGCGACCUAUCGCGCGCCUGCGACCUAUCGCGCGCCUGCGACUUACCGCGCGCCUGCGACCUACCGCGCGCCUGCCACCUAUCACGCGCCCACGAGCGCGCGCGCUCGGGCUUCUGGGACCCCGGGCGUUGCAGCGCCUGUGGAGACCUCUCGGGGGACAGGCUCCUCGCUUCCACCCGCAGCGGUGGUGGACGUGCGCUCGACGGGAACCGGGCCUUUGGGCCGAGGGCAGUUUACGGCGGAAGGCUGUCGCCUGCUGAGUAGCGCGAGAGGAUCCCAGACAGAGCGUGGCGAGACCCGGACUCUCCGGGUGAUAGACUCGAGACCCGCGGGAAGCACCGGCUCUGGCGCCGAUCAACUGCUCGCGCGGGACAGGCCGUCGUCGAAGAAAGACAGGGGCGCACUGUUGGUAGGAAGGAAAGAUGGAGACAAAAAGCAGGAGGCUAGGACGCAGCCGGAGUCGUGCCGGGGGUCCUCGCUGGAGCCCGACCCAGCUCGCUCUGAUUUAUCGCUCCCCUCCGAUCGCCUGUCGAGGGCGCCGAGAGCUGGGCUCAAGUCCUUCCUUUUGCCCUUUGCAGGCCCCAAGGGCGGGGGCUUGGCCCUUUCGAGAGCGACGCGCGAAGAACCUCUGGCUGAGCUCCAACGAAAUCUCCUGGUGGCGGCGCGAGGCGUGACACGCAGGCGAGUGGGCGAGGCUGAGAGUGGCGCAGAAGCAACUGGAAGGAGGACAGAUCGGAAAUCCGCGACAGGAAGGCUGCCGAAAGAAACACGGAGUAGCGGAAGGACCCCGGACAGCCAAGCAGAAAGUCGAAAAAAGGAAAAGGUCACAACGCAGCUGAAUACAAAAACAAGUCGCCCGCUGACACAUCGGGGCUUGACUCUGCGGGCAUCAUCGGCACGAGGAGAGGACAGGGCGCCUGCUCGCUUUUCUCUGCCUCGGUCUCAAAAGCCUCCUGGAGAGACUCCACAGUCUUGUGUCCUCCGAGCGGCGCGAACCUUUUCUAGGAAUCGCGGAAGCGUCACUGCGCGCCCGGGUGUCGGCAGUGCCGUGCCACGGGCAUCUCCGGAGGACUUGUCACGCUUGCGGGAAGGUCUUUACACCGCCCGUUUAGCUCGUAAUCCACCUUUCGGAUCCCUUAUCGACACAUUCACACUAUCCACCGGAGGCGCAUGCACAGCGCGAUCGGCUCGGAGAGAAGCUGGGCCGCCCGUGCUUCAGUCGCCUGUUCAGUGCGGCAGCGGCAGUCGGGGACCGGCAGCGUUGGAAGGAUCACCUGGGGAAGGUGAAGCCCAAGGAAGAGCGUAACGGGAACGAGACGUGAAAUUGACUUGAACUAUGACGUGGCUGGCUCCUCUCUAAAAGUGGCCAAGGUGAAUAUGCAAAGAAAUUGGAGAACUCACACCGGGAUUGACCCGCAAGGCGCCUCUAAUGGCGACGGGGAUGGUACCAUGUGCGCCGCUCCCUGUCGUCCGCUCUUCUGGAUGCUCGGCUCUCAGUCCAGAAAAAAAAAAACAGGUCGCUUCAACGUCCUGGGAGCCGCCGUGGAAACGUGGGUAUUCACUGGCUAUUUUUUCAGUAAGGGAGCUUUGUGACAGGAACAUAAGGGACAGAAGGGAGACACCUAAGCGUAUCUGGGGCUUACGAGUUAUGUCAGGGUGUGGGAGUUAAAAGAAAACCAAGCAACCGUGAUUUCUUUAAUGCAAACAGAUUUUAAUUGAGGCUGUCACAUCGGUUUCCAAAAACUGUACCGUCAUCUGGGGAAAAAUCACAUAAGAGGAUCGCAGGGCGGGGUUUGGCGUGGUAUGCGGCAUUGGCGACAUGGAAGUAACUCACAAAUCCCGCACAUGCUUCGAUAUGCCUUUCCUGAACAAGGAAGGAGAACAAGAACAGCGUCAUCAUCGAAUUGAAGCAUGGCCUUGCGUAGGCCCGCUCAGCUUUCACUACGCUGCCUUCGUUCACAGAUUGACAUGCCACGGCCAGCAUGAGUUGGGUUUUCUACAAAUGGAAAAAAACACAUCGCAAAUGGAGCGUUUGCGAUGCAGUUAGUUCCAUGGACUUUCUACGUGUGCUUCCACUUUUCCAAGAUAUUUGGGAAGCUUCCUUUCACCCAGAAAUGCUCCGAAGUCAGUCGUACAACGCAACUGCCUCUUCUUUUGUAGGUAUACUUUGUC